GAGCAGAGAAGAAGAAAGAAAAAGGGAGAGAACAAGGAGAGAAAAAAAAAAAAAAAAAAAAAAGCUAACUGUCAUUUUUCCCCUUUGUAUUACAGAAACUGUAAUCCUCAGUCUUCACAAGAUUCAUACGUUAAUUCUUUAAAGUUUCUACAGCAUUGUAUUUUGAAGAGAUCAUUGAGUUUUUAACUUGUGAGUGACCAUCGUACGAAAUCUGGCUUUCAGGUUUGACUUUUCAAUGAUUUGGGUAACUGCAUGUUUAACUGGUUUGAAAAGUUUCAGUUUAGGGUAGUGUUUUAGUGGGAAUUGGCUAAAAGAAAAUGUGUGGCACCUACUAACUGUUUGUGUUAUUUCAUUUUCUUGUCUGAUACAUGGCAGGGCUGAUUGGAGAGGAAAUAAUGUCUUCCUUAAUGCAUGGAUCACUGCUGCAAACUAUAGCAGAUUGUGAUCAAGGAUUGUUGAGGAGGGGAAAGUACCAUUUGGGUCAUACCAAUCUUCUCAAAGAAAAACAUUCAUCUUUGAGGGCAAACAGAGGUGGUAGGAGUAAAGGUAUUUGCUGCCAAGAUUUGCAUAUCAGUAGUCCAAAGCCAGAGAGACAUGAGCCUUCCAACCGUCACGGUUCAAGAGCUGAUGCAGUCCUCAGUCCUGUUAUACCUACUACCAAAAAGAGAGUAUUCACUUUUGGAAAAGGAAGGAGUGAGGGUAACAAGAGCAUGAAGUCCUUGUUGGGAGGGAAGGGAGCAAACCUUGCUGAGAUGGCAAGCAUCGGGUUGUCCGUUCCGCCUGGACUCACCAUCUCAACUGAAGCAUGCCAAGAGUACCAGGAAAAUGGAAAUAGAUUACCAGAUGGCUUGUGGGAAGAGAUACUGGAAGGAUUGGAAAGUAUUGAAAAGGACAUGGGAGCUGUUCUUGGAGAUCCUUCAAAGCCUCUCCUUCUCUCGGUUCGGUCUGGUGCUGCUAUCUCAAUGCCUGGAAUGAUGGAUACUGUCCUUAACCUUGGAUUAAAUGACGAAGUGGUUGCUGGAUUAGCUGCCAAAAGUGGAGAGCGCUUUGCUUACGACUCUUAUCGGCGCUUUCUAGACAUGUUUGGAAACGUUGUGAUGGGCAUUUCACAUUCUUUGUUUGAGGAAAAGCUGGAAAACUUGAAAAUUGCAAAAGGAAUUGAACUUGAUACCGAUCUAACCGCCUCUGAUCUUAAGGAGCUUGUGGAACAGUACAAGGAGGUUUACAUCGAAGCUACGGGCAAAACGUUUCCUUCAGACCCAAAACAGCAGUUGCAGUUAGCUGUCAAAGCAGUUUUCAACUCUUGGGAUAGCCCAAGGGCCAACAAAUAUCGAAGCAUCAAUCAAAUUACUGGGUUGAAGGGAACUGCCGUGAACAUUCAAUCCAUGGUGUUUGGAAACAUGGGAUAUACUUCUGGAACUGGAGUAUUGUUCACUAGAAAUCCAAGUACUGGUGAAAAGAAGUUGUAUGGAGAGUUCCUCAUCAAUGCUCAGGGUGAGGACGUAGUUGCUGGGAUAAGGACACCUGAGGACUUGGACACCAUGAAAGAUCAUAUGCCUGAAGCUUACAAAGAGCUGGUUGAGAAUUGUGAAAUUUUAGAGAGACAUUACAAAGACAUGAUGGAUAUUGAGUUCACAGUCCAAGAAAAUAGGCUAUGGAUGUUGCAAUGUCGUUCUGGAAAACGCACGGGUAAAGGUGCUGUGAAGAUAGCUGUUGAUUUGGUGAAUGAAGGACUUGUUGACACUCGUACUGCCAUUAAGAUGGUUGAGCCACAACAUCUCGACCAACUUCUUCAUCCUCAGUUUGAAGAUCCAUCUGCUUAUAAGGACCAAGUAGUUGCGACAGGCUUGCCUGCAUCUCCCGGUGCAGCAGUGGGGCAGAUAGUAUUCAGUGCCGACGACGCUGAAGCCUGGCAUGCUCAGGGAAAGAGUGCCAUCUUGGUAAGGGCAGAGACCAGCCCAGAGGAUGUUGGUGGUAUGCAUGCUGCUACUGGAAUUUUGACAGCUAGAGGUGGAAUGACUUCUCAUGCUGCCGUGGUCGCUCGUGGAUGGGGGAAAUGCUGCGUUUCUGGUUGUUCAGAUAUCAGAGUAAACGACUCUGAGAAGGUUCUUGUCAUUGGAGAUUUGGUAAUCAAUGAAGGUGACUGGAUAUCCCUCAAUGGCUCUACAGGUGAAGUGAUAUUGGGAAAGCAGCCACUCUCUCCUCCAGCUUUAAGUGGGGAUUUGGAGACCUUUAUGUCUUGGGCUGAUCAAAUAAGACGUCUUAAGGUUAUGGCCAACGCUGACACUCCUGAAGAUGCUCUUACAGCUCGUAACAAUGGAGCCCAAGGAAUCGGCUUAUGCAGGACAGAGCAUAUGUUCUUUGCAUCUGAUGAGAGGAUCAGAGCUGUAAGGAAGAUGAUAAUGGCAGUUACGGUCGAACAAAGGAAGUCGGCUUUGGACUUGCUAUUACCUUAUCAAAGAUCCGAUUUUGAGGGAAUUUUCCGAGCAAUGGAUGGUCUUCCAGUGACUAUUAGACUGUUGGACCCUCCACUCCAUGAAUUCCUUCCAGAAGGGGACCUGGAAGAAAUUGUCAAAGGACUAACUGCAGAGACUGGAAUGAGUGAAGAUGAAGUGUUUUCUAGAAUCGAGAAGCUCUCGGAAGUUAACCCAAUGCUCGGUUUUCGCGGUUGCAGGCUUGGGAUUUCAUACCCGGAGCUGACGGAAAUGCAAGCUCGUGCUAUCUUCCAGGCUGCUAUCUCAAUGAGCAAUCAAGGAAUUAAAGUUUUGCCUGAGAUAAUGGUUCCAUUGGUUGGAACGCCACAAGAACUUAAACAUCAAGUCAGCUCAAUUCGCGGUGUUGCUGAGAAGGUGUUCUCAGAGAUGGGUUCCUCCAUAAGUUACAAAGUGGGAACCAUGAUUGAAAUUCCUAGAGCUGCUUUGGUUGCAGAUGAGAUUGCAAAGGAAGCAGAGUUCUUCUCAUUCGGGACCAAUGAUCUUACACAAAUGACUUUUGGAUACAGUAGAGAUGAUGUUGGCAAGUUUCUUCCUAUUUAUAUAUCCAAAGGAAUUCUGCAAAAUGACCCUUUUGAGGUGCUUGACCAAAAAGGAGUUGGGCAACUGAUCAAGCUAGCUACAGAAAAAGGGAGGGCAGCUAGGCCAAGUUUGAAGGUUGGCAUUUGUGGAGAACAUGGAGGAGAGCCUUCAUCUGUUGCAUUCUUUGCUGAGGCUGGACUUGACUAUGUUUCUUGUUCUCCUUUCAGGUUUGCUAUUUCUUUUUACGCCUUUAAAAGUUUCAUGGAGUUGAACUUGAGUAAGCGAGUUCGUGAUAUUUUCAAAAUCAAGCUAGAAACUAACUUGGGUUCCCUUUAGUAACCAUUUGGUUUUUGAAAAUUUAGCUUAUAAACACUAUUUUCAUCUACAACUCUUUUUUUGUUUUGCUAUUCAUUUCUACGAAAAACCAAGCCAAAACUUGAAAACUCAAAGUACUUAUUCUCUUAAAGUUUAGGAAUUCUAAGUGUUUCUUUUAGAAAAAACGUGGGAGAUAGUAUAUGAAACUUAGGGAAAAAACAAACAUAAAUUUCAAAAACAGAAAACUAGAAAUGAAAUCGUUGCUAAACAUGAUAUAGAAAACCAACGGUAAAAUUGCCAAAAAUCUUGCUGGUAGAAACACCAAAAACAUCCAACAGUAAAACAAAGGCCCAUGAUACAAAAUGUCAAAACUCGGAGAAAAUAAACGUUUAAUGAAAGUGGUAAGUACGAUUCUAAUACUGGGAAGCAUUUCCCAGAAUCUUUUUCCAUCAUUUACCAUGAAAGAAGCAUUCAACAAUAUGUCAAAUCUUGAAUAGAAACCAUUGCGUUUUUUCAUUUUAGAUAACAAACUGUCAAUACUAAAGAAUUACUAAAUUUUCUGCUUAGUCAAAUGCUAAAUUAAAUUUGAAGGUUGAAUCAAAUAAAACUUGAAGAUGAAACUUAAGAUUUCCCAAACAGUAUUUGUGGAAUGAGUUAGUUAUUUUUCCUCUCAUUUUUGUUGUUGCAUUGCAUAUGACAGAGUUCCAGUAGCAAGAUUGGCUGCAGCCCAAGUUGUUGUUUAAGAUGAAGAAGAUUGAAGGAUACCAAAUUGGGAUAUAAUAAGUUUGUGGAGUUGUAAAUAAGAAUUUAUUUGUUGGAUAAAGGAAGAUAAAAAAGGGAAACCUUCAUAAAGUUUAUCAAAGGAUACAAAUAUUGUAUAAAAAAGUAGACAUUAGAAAUGGAAAAACAAAAGAGUUGUUUUUCUUUU